AUGGCAAGUUUAACAGUGUUGUUGCGUCAUUCUGGCAAGUGGAACGAUGAGGGCAAUUACAUCGAUUUUUCAAUUGAGGGAAUACUGAUAAAGGAGUAUGCCUCCUUUAAUGAUCUGGUUGCUUCGAUUUCUAAUCAACUAGGUAUAGAUUUGAGCUCAAAGUCCAUUAAAAUUCAAUACAAAGUAGAAGAAAAUUGCACGCCAAUAGAAAUACACAAUGAUAUGGGUUACAGAGUGUAUGUAGAAUUGAAAAAAGAGAACAUGGAAUGUGGGAUGUAUCCUUUGUGUAUAACAACUAUUGAAAAAGAACUUGUAUUCGGAGGUAGUUUAAAUCAAGGCGACAUUGUGCAAAUAGACGAAGCAGUUCAAAGGUACGAUUCCGAUACAGAUAAUACACUGGCUCUAGAUUUUGUCAAUUCAGGAGAAGCGAUUGGAGUGUUCGAACUCCACAAGGAUUUGAUAAUUUCAAAAACUAAUCAAAGGGAGGUUAUGGCUGGACAAGUGUAUAAGGAUAAGGCUACAUUGAAAGAGGUGAUGGAGAAUUAUGCUAUAGCUCAAAGGUUUCAAUUCCGGGUUAAUAGGUCUAAAGCUAUCAGCUAUGCAUUAUUAUGUAUUUCAGAAGAUUGUGAAUGGAGGUUUAAGGCUUCAAGCAUUAACAAAUCAGAACUAUUCAAAGUGAGAGAAUUCAUUGAUAACCAUACAUGUCCGCUGAAGGACAAGGUGUAUGAGCAGCGGCAUGCAAGUAGCAGCAUUAUAGGUGGUAUGAUAAGGCCUAAGCUUACUAAUCAUAAGAGGAAAUACACCCCAAAUGAUAUUAUUGAUGAUGUGAAAUCAGAUUUAGGUGUAGAUGUUAGCUACAUGUUGGCGUGGAGGGUUAAAGAAAAGGCAAUGAAUUUUUUGAGAGGUGAACCGGCUGAUUCAUACAAAAAAUUACCAGGAUACUUAUAUACAAUGGAUAUGACAUAUCCAGGUUCCCACAUCAGAAUGGUAAAAUCACCAAAAAAUGAAUUCAUGUACGUGUAUAUAUCUUUGUACGCCUUUAUAAAGGGGUUUGAUCAUUGUAGACCCAUUGUUGUUGUGGAUGGAAGUCACCUAAAAUCUUACUACACCGGGACAUUCGUUUCGGCAAGCACGUUGGAUGGUGCAGGUCAUAUAUUGCCACUAGCAUAUGGUGUUAUUGAUUCAGAGAACGAUGCUGCUUGGACGUGGUUCUUUGAGCAAUUCAAGAUAGCAUACGGUGACAGGGAAAACAUGUGCAUCGUUUCAGAUAGAAAUGAGAGUAUCAUUAAAUCUGUAUCGAGAGUGUAUCCAGAUGUACCGCAUUUUGCUUGUAUAUGGCAUCUAUGGAACAACGUAUAUAAGAAAUUCAAAAAGAGCCAUGCCAAGUUGAGCGAGAUAUACUUCUCGAUGGCAAAAGCAGACACACAAGCUGAAUUUGACAGUCUGAUGGAGAAGGUAGAUAUUAGGGUGAAAGAAUACUUAGAGUUAGCUGGAUACGAAAAGUGGGCUAGGUUGUAUGCACCUGUUAACAGGGGAUGGACAAUGACGUCAAAUAUUGCUGAGUCAAUCAAUGCCGCACUAGUUUCAGCAAGGGAAUUGCCAAUAUACGACUUCCUCGAAGAAGUUAGGAAGAUGUUUGGUCGUUGGAAUUGUAGUAACUGCAAAGAAGCUACACAGACGUACACGACGCUUGGAAAAAAAUACCAGGAGAUACUGACUUUGAAUGAGGCAAUGUCUACACGUAUGACUGUGGUACCAUCAACUGAAUACUUACAUACGAUUAACGAUGGAGGGAGGAAUUACACAGUCUGCCUGUUAGAGAGAAAAUGUGUUUGUGGGAGGUUCCAAGUUGAUGAAUUGCCUUGCCCACAUGCUUGGGCUGUAUUGAAGAGCAAGUUUCUAAUGCCAGAAGAAUAUUGCUCUAACUAUUACAAACCAAAUACUGUUGUAAUGACAUACGAUGUGCCUGUGUACCCGCUACCGGACAGAAAUGACUCGAAUAUACCAGCACAUGUUGCAGAGGAGGUUGUACUACCACCCAAAUGGAAAAGACCUCCUGGAAGGCUAAAGAAGAAGCGCGAUAAACCUUUAAGUGAAUUGCUGCAGCCGAAAAAUCAACAUUCAUGUAUCAUAUUUUGGCAGGGAGGACAUAACAAGCAAACGUGUAGAAAUGCUCCACGUAAUAAAUAG